AUGUUGUUCACUUCGGUCCUCCGAGCUCUUCCUGCAGCACUCCUGUUCUCUGGUACUCAGGCGACACCUCUUGACUUUGAGAGUCGUCAAAUAUCCAUCGAUGCCUUCAUCACCACCCAGACGACCGCUUCAAUUAAUGGCGUGCUCGCCAACAUCGGAGGCGGCAGCAAGGCACCUGGUGUUCCUGCUGGUAUCGUUGUAGCCAGUCCUUCGCGCACCAACCCUGAUUAUUGGUACACCUGGACACGUGAUGCUGCUCUCACAUACAAGGCGCUCAUUGAGCGUCUCGUGCAUGGCGACACAACCCUUCGCCAGAAGGUUGAUGACUACGUUUCAUCUCAGGCCAAGCUUCAGGGCGUCACCAACCCAUCUGGGGGUCCCACUACAGGUGGCCUCGGUGAGCCCAAGUUUAACGUGGAUAUGACUCAAUUCACGGGUGCAUGGGGUCGCCCUCAGCGUGACGGGCCUCCCCUCCGCGCCACAGCCCUCGCCAUCUACGCCAACUGGCUAGCCGACAAUGGCAACAAGACUUACGCUGUCAACACCGUUUGGCCAGUCAUCGCAAAUGACCUUGCUUAUGCUGUUCAGUACUGGAAUCAGACCGGCUUCGAUCUCUGGGAGGAGGUCAACGGCUCUUCGUUCUUCACUCUUGCUGCGACUCAUCGUGCUCUUGCUGAAGGCGCUGCUCUCGCUACCAAACUCGGACAGACCUGCACUGGCUGCGCAACCGCGGCACCUCAGGUCCUUUGCUUUAUGCAGAGCUUCUGGACUGGUAGCUACAUCGACUCGAACAUCAAUGUGAACGACGGCCGCACUGGAAAAGAUGCCAACUCUCUGAUCUCGUCCAUUCAUACUUUCGACCCCAGCGCCAAGUGUACAGACGCCACUUUCCAACCCUGCUCUUCUCGCGCCCUGGCCAACCACAAGGCUGUCACUGACUCCUUCCGUUCCGUUUAUGCCAUCAAUAAGGGUGUUGCUCAAGGUAAGGCUAUCGCUGUCGGUAGAUACUCCGAGGAUGUGUACUACAAUGGCAACCCAUGGUAUCUCACUACUUUAGCCGCUGCCGAGCAAUUGUACUCUGCUCUGUACCAGUGGGACAAGGUCGGAUCCAUCACCGUCGACUCAGUCUCGCUCGCCUUCUUCCAAGAUCUUGUACCUUCCGUCACUGCCGGAACCUACGCCAAAGGCUCUGCCACUUACACCUCAAUUACGUCUGCAGUCAAGACCUACGCUGAUGGCUACAUCGCCAUCAUUCAAAAGUACGCCCCUUCCAACGGUGGUCUUGCUGAGCAAUUCGACAAGAGCACCGGCUCCCCCCUCUCUGCAGUCGACUUGACAUGGUCCUAUGCUGCCUUCCUGACUGCAACCGAGCGCCGCGCCGGUAUCGUCAGUCCAAGCUGGGGCGAGAAUUUCAAUAACUUGCCCCCCACGUCCUGCACCGGCACGCCCGCCUGCAACGCGAAGAUCACCUUCAACGUUCGCGCGACCACGACCUUUGGUGACAACAUUUUUGUCACUGGCCAGCUCACUCAGCUUGGCAAUUGGGACCCUAACAGCGCGAAGGCUCUUAGUGCGAGCCAGUACACUAGUAGCGAUCCUCUCUGGACUACGAGCAUUGAUCUGCCUGCCUCGACGGUCUUCGAGUACAAGUAUAUCCGCAAGACGAGUGCGGGUGCAGUUGUCUGGGAGAGCGAUCCUAACAGGAGGUACACGACUUCGGCUGGAUGUGGCAGCAGUGCGACGGUCAACGACACCUGGAGAUGA